GUGGCGUGUGUUUCAGGGUCUCUCCUCUCGCUCCUACAGAAAAGAAAAAGAAAAAAAUGUCAUUAGAAGAGGCGUAACACGUCAGUCCGUCCCCAGGAGCUGCAUCUCCCUUCACCUUUUCUCCUCCACUUCGCGGCUUUCUUCAUGCUUUUUCUUCUCACCAUUUCUGGCCAAAACUACAAACAAGACUUCGCAGAGUCUGCGUGCUGCUGAAUCAGGGAGUCGAGUCCAUGCGAACUGCCAUCUGAUCCACUCUUAUCAAUGAAGCAGCAGAUCAUGGCGGAUGGCCCCAGGUGUAAGAGGCGAAAACAAGCCAACCCCCGGAGGAAAAACGUAGUGAACUAUGAAAAUGUAGUGGAAACGGGUUCAGAAACAGAUGAGGAGGACAAGCUACACAUCGCUGAAGAUGAGAGUGCUAUCAACACGCUGGACCAGGAAACCAGCCCAGCCAGCGUACCCAACCACGAGUCUUCCCCGCAUGUGAGCCAAGCAGCGUUGCCCAGAGAGGAAGAGGAAGAUGAAAUGAGGGAAAGUGGAGUAGAUCACGCCUGGCACAACAAUGAGAUCCUGCAAGCCUCUGUAGAUGGUCAAGAAGAAAUGAAGGAAGAUUAUGACACUAUGGGGCCUGAAGCCGCAAUUCAGACCACUGGAAACAAUGGUACAGUUAAGAAUGCAAAUUGCACGUCGGACUUUGAGGAAUAUUUUGCCAAAAGGAAACUGGAGGAAGGAGAUGGGCAUGCAGUCAGCAUAGCAGAGUACCUGCAGCGCAGCGACACAGCCAUUAUUUACCCCGAAGCCCCCGAGGAACUGUCUCGCCUUGGCACUCCAGAGGCCAAUGGGCAAGAAGAAAACGACCUGCCACCUGGAACUCCAGAUGCCUUCGCCCAACUGCUGACCUGCCCCUACUGCGACCGGGGCUACAAGCGCCUGACGUCCCUCAAGGAGCACAUCAAGUACCGCCAUGAGAAGAACGAGGAGAACUUCUCGUGCCCUCUCUGUAGCUACACGUUUGCCUACCGCACCCAGCUUGAGCGGCAUAUGGUGACACACAAGCCAGGGACAGAUCAGCACCAAAUGCUGACCCAAGGAGCAGGCAAUCGCAAGUUCAAAUGCACUGAGUGUGGCAAGGCCUUCAAAUAUAAACACCAUCUGAAGGAACACCUGCGAAUUCACAGUGGUGAAAAACCAUAUGAGUGUCCAAACUGCAAGAAACGUUUCUCGCAUUCUGGCUCCUACAGUUCGCACAUCAGCAGCAAGAAGUGUAUCGGUUUAAUCUCUGUAAAUGGCAGAAUGAGAAACAAUAUCAAGACGGGUUCUUCUCCUAACUCUGUAUCUUCUUCUCCUACUAAUUCAGCCAUUACACAGCUGAGAAACAAGCUGGAGAAUGGCAAACCACUUAGUAUGUCUGAACAAACAGGCCUACUGAAAAUUAAAACAGAACCACUAGAUUUCAAUGAAUAUAAGGUUCUUAUGGCCUCACAUGGGUUUAGUGCAACUAGUCCUUUUAUGAAUGGUGGACUUGGAGCAACCAGCCCCUUAGGAGUUCACACUUCUGCUCAAAGUCCGAUGCAGCACUUAGGUGUAGGGAUGGAAGCACCAUUACUUGGCUUUCCUGCAGUAGGCAGUAAUUUAAGUGAGGUGCAGAAGGUCCUGCAGAUUGUGGACAACACAGUUUCCAGGCAGAAAAUGGACUGCAAAGCUGAAGAGAUCUCCAAGUUGAAGGUUUAUCAUAUGAAGGAUUCAUGCCCUCAAGCAGAGGAACAAGGAGUUACCUCCCCCAAUAUUCCCCCCGUGGGUCUUCCAGUAGUAAGUCAUAAUGGUGCCACUAAAAGUAUUAUUGACUAUACGUUAGAGAAAGUCAAUGAAGCCAAAGCUUGCCUCCAGAGCUUAACCACAGACUCGAGGAGACAGCUCAAUAACAUUAAAAAAGAGAAGCUGCGAACCCUAAUAGACCUGGUAACUGAAGAUAAGAUGAUAGAGAACCAUAAUGUAUCCACUCCAUUUUCAUGCCAGUUCUGUAAGGAAAGCUUUCCUGGUCCCAUUCCGUUGCAUCAGCAUGAGCGUUACCUGUGUAAAAUGAACGAAGAGAUCAAGGCAGUCCUUCAGCCUCAUGAGAACAUGGUUCCCAACAAACCUGGAGUGUUUGAUAAGCAAACCCUCUUGCUGUCAUCAGUACUUUCUGAGAAAGGAAUGACUAGCCCCAUCAACCCAUACAAGGACCACAUGUCUGUACUUAAAGCAUAUUAUGCUAUGAAUAUGGAACCCAAUUCUGAUGAACUACUGAAAAUUUCCAUUGCUGUUGGCCUUCCUCAGGAAUUCGUGAAGGAAUGGUUUGAACAAAGAAAAGUCUACCAGUACUCAAGUUCCAGGUCACCAUCACUGGAAAGGACCAGUGCCAAGGUGGCGCUGGCUGCCACCAACAACACUCCCACUAAAGACUCUUUGUCAGCCAGAUCUCCAAUAAAGCCUGUGGACUCUAUAACUUCACCAUCUAUAGCUGAACUCCAUAACAGUGUUACUAAUUGUGAUACUCCUCUCAGGCUAACAAAACCUCCUCAUUUUACCAAUAUGAAACCAGUUGAUAAAUUGGACCACUCUAGGAGCAAUACUCCUUCUCCUUUAAAUCUUUCUUCCACAUCUUCUAAAAACUCCCAUAGUAGUUCUUACACUCCAAACAGUUUCUCUUCUGAGGAGCUUCAGGCUGAGCCUUUGGACUUGUCUUUACCAAAACAAAUGAAGGAACCCAAAAGUAUUAUAGCCACAAAGAACAAAACGAAAUCUAAUAGUGUAAAUUUAGAACACAACAGUGUUUCUUCAUCAUCUGAAAACUCAGAUGAGCCUCUGAACUUGACUUUUAUCAAGAAGGAGUUUUCUAAUUCAAAUAAUCUGGAUAAAAGCACUAACCCAGUAUUUGGUAUGAACCCAUUCAGUGCCAAACCUUUAUACACAACACUUCCACCGCAGAGCGCAUUUCCCCCAGCCACUUUUAUGCCACCAGUCCAGACCAGUAUUCCUGGGCUGCGACCAUACCCAGGACUAGAUCAGAUGAGCUUCCUACCACAUAUGGCCUACACUUACCCAACUGGAGCAGCUACUUUUGCUGAUAUGCAGCAAAGGAGAAAGUACCAGCGGAAACAAGGAUUUCAGGGAGACUUGCUUGAUGGAACCCCAGACUACAUGUCCGGCCUCGAUGACAUGACAGACUCCGACUCCUGUCUGUCCCGAAAGAAGAUCAAGAAGACGGAAAGUGGCAUGUAUGCGUGUGACUUAUGUGACAAGACAUUCCAGAAGAGCAGUUCCCUGCUGCGACACAAAUAUGAGCACACAGGAAAAAGACCACACCAAUGUCAGAUUUGCAAGAAAGCAUUUAAACACAAGCAUCACCUGAUCGAGCAUUCACGCCUGCACUCCGGGGAAAAGCCCUACCAGUGUGAUAAAUGUGGCAAGCGCUUCUCCCACUCCGGGUCUUACUCACAGCACAUGAAUCACAGGUAUUCCUACUGUAAGAGAGAGGCAGAGGAGAGGGAAGCUGCCGAGCGGGAAGCCCGUGAAAAGGGUCACUUAGAGCCCAACGAGCUACUGAUGAACCGGGCCUAUUUACAGAGCAUUACUCCCCAGGGGUACUCUGACUCAGAGGAAAGAGAGAGCAUGCCGAGAGACGGCGAGAGCGAAAAGGAGCACGAGAAGGAAGGGGAAGAUGGGUAUGAGAAGCUGGGAAGGCAGGAUGGGGAUGAGGAGUUUGAGGAAGAAGAGGAAGAGAGCGAAAAUAAAAGUAUGGAUACGGAUCCAGACACGAUAAGAGAUGAAGAGGAGACUGGUGAUCACUCAAUGGACGAUAGUUCGGAAGAUGGGAAAAUGGAAACCAAAUCAGAUCACGAGGAAGACAAUAUGGAAGAUGGCAUGUAAUAAACUACUGCAUUUUAAGCUUCCUAUUUUUUUUCCAGUAGUAUUGUUACCUGCUUGAAAAACACUGCUGUGUUAAGCUGUUCAUGCACGUGCCUGAUGCUUCCAGGAAGCCUGUAGAGAUGGACUAAAGGGGCAGUUCUGCCAAGACAGAAUUAGAUGGAGUUUGAGCUGGGUAUUGUUAAGAACUGCAUUAUGCAAAAUUUUUGUACAGUGUUAAGGCCUAAAAACUGUGUGGUUCAGAGACUAAAUCCUGUGUUUAAUAGCAUUUAUACUUUAAGCACAAACUAGUAAAUUGUACGAAUUGCACUCAACUUAUAUAUCACUACAAACUUAAAAAAAAAAAAAAAAAGAUAUGUCUAAUUUAUAUUAAUACAUUUUAAAAAGGUGCCCGCACUACCAUACAUCAGUAUUAUUAUUAUUAUUAUUCCUUUUUAAUUUAAUGUGCUCGCACUACAGUACAUCAGUAUUAUGACUCCUCUGUACUUUCCUUUGCUAUUCAUACGUUUCCCAGUUUUCAGCCUAAGUAACCACACAAUUUUAGGCCUCAAUUUUUAUUUUAUUUUUCUGUGAAGGAACUUGAAGUGAUGCAUGUGUGAAUUUAAGAUACCGAAGUCUUAAAGUGACCUGGACGUGAAGGAAAAAGUAAGAUGAGAAAUAAAGAAAGCCUUUGUAAGGUGGUUUUAAAAGCCUUAUAUGCAAACCUUUUAAUCUGUGUGUUUCUGCAAGUGCCAUCCUUGUAUAGUGUUAAGGGGGUAACGUGUGUUACCUUUGCACCAGCUUCAGUGUUAAGCUCACCCUGUUCUUUGAAGCACCCAUGUCAGUAUUAGAAGAAUAGGCAGCAGUUCCUUAGUUUACAUAUGUUUGUGCAAUUUUUUUCUGUACUUUUUUUGUUCAUUAAUUUUGUCAGUAUUACACCAAACCUUUUUUUUUUUUUUUUUUU